ACCUGAGAUCUACCAGUGCCUGUUGCAGACAGCCAGUACUGCACGUGUGAGGUCUAUGGAAAUGCAGGAUCUAGCCAGUCCUCACAGCCGAGUAAGUGGAAGCAGCGAAUCUCCUAAUGGUCCCAACCUCGACAACUCGCAUAUCAAUAACAAUUCCAUGACACCCAAUGGCACUGAAGUUAAAACAGAGCCAAUGAGCAGCACCGAAAUCGCCACCUCGGUAGCAGACGUCACUCUAGACAGCUUCUCAGGAUCAGCUAUUGGAACCAGUGGCUUCAGCCCAAGACAAACUCACCAGUUCUCUCCACAGAUUUACCCUUCCAACAGACCAUAUCCACAUAUUCUUCCUACCCCUUCAUCCCAAAAUAUGGCUUCGUAUGGGCAGUCUCAGUACACCACAGGAAUGCAGCAGGCUACAGCUUAUGCUAGCUACCCCCAACCUGGUCAGCCCUACGGCAUUCCAGCCUAUGGCAUAAAGACGGAAGGGGGGCUGAGCCAGUCCCAGUCCCCAGGACAGACUGGCUUCCUCAGCUACAGCUCUGGGUUCACCACACCCCAGACUGGCCAGGCUCCCUACAGCUACCAGAUGCAAGGAAGCACAUUCACCACCACAUCAGGAUUGUACGCAGGAAGCAAUUCCCUCACAAACUCAACUGGAUUCAAUAGUACACAACAGGACUACCCCAGCUACCCGGCGUUCGGCCAGGGCCAGUAUGCUCAGUAUUACAACAGCUCGCCCUACACCUCGCCCUACAUGACCAGUAACAACACCAGCCCCACCACCCCCUCCACCACUGCCACCUACACCCUCCAGGAGCCCCCCACAGGCAUCACCAGCCAGGCCCUCACAGACCCCACUGCAGGAGAGUACAGUACCAUCCACAGUCCAUCAAUCCCCAUUAAAGAUUCAGAAUCGGAUCGAUUGCGCCGGGCCUCGGAUGGAAAGUCACGUGGCCGGGGAAGGAGGAACAACAACCCGUCUCCUCCGCCCGACUCCGACCUUGAGCGAGUUUUCAUCUGGGACCUGGAUGAAACAAUCAUCGUUUUCCAUUCCUUGCUCACGGGGUCUUACGCCAACAGAUAUGGACGGGAUCCUCCCACGUCAGUAUCACUGGGGCUCAGGAUGGAGGAGAUGAUCUUCAACCUGGCCGACACACACUUAUUCUUCAACGACUUGGAGGUAAAGUCUAACCAGCCUGGGGAUCUUUGGGCUGCCUACCAGCCCAUUCGCCCACCCGCCCUCCACACCGCCCGCCUUCCACACCGCCCGCCCGCCCUCCACACCCCCCGUCCUCCACACCGCCCGCCCGCCCGCCCGCCCUCCACACCGCCCGCCCUCCACACCCCCCGCCCUCCACACCCCCCGCCCUCCACACCGCUGGCCCCUCCACACCGCCCGCCCUCCACACCGCCCGCCCUCCACACCGCUGGCCCCUCCACACCGCCCGCCCUCCACACCACCCGCCCUCCACACCCCCCAUCUGUUUCCCAGAGGUAUGGGACUGUGGGAGAGACUAGGGAGGAGGCCUCGGUGUGCAGCCUCACUGCUAACAAUGGUUCCCCUCAGACCCUCUGUCAGAGCCCAGGACUUGCCCAGCCACUCAUGAAGCGACAGGGAGAUGUGAUUGACCCCAAGGUUAACCCUCCUCAGAUUCCCAUAAAAGUGGGUGGCCAGACCUGGGCUGUCCCAACAGAGGUCCCAUUCAUGCUGGGUGGGAUAGGGGCCUAG